AAGAGGCUCCCCGCGCGAUUAGAGGUGGGGACAUCCGAGUGCUUAUAAGACACGAGGGUCCCGUCCCGCGAGAGACCGAGAAUCGAUAGUUGGCAAAACCGCGGGGCGAGUAAGAUCACUCGAGAAGCACGAAAAGGCGAAACGCGAGGAGAGACGGAGAGAAAGAGAGAGAGAGAGAUACACGCGAAAGUAUUCAAACGAACGGUGGACUCGGGGAUGACUUAAAGUAAUCGCGAUCACCCACGAAUUGGACUUAUAUAAGGCGGCCGAUCUUUCUUUCCAUUGUGCGUGCUGCGCCAAGCUCGAGCGGAUCGUCGAGCAGGGAGGCUUCGAGAGAGGAGCGGGAAUUUUAGAGAGGACCGAUAUUGGCUACCUCAAGAGUCUUCUCGACCCUUGCGACAGCGACAAGAGCACGAGAUACGAGGGAAUGACGGAAAGGGGUAGCCGACGAGCCGCCGCUAGGACAAGCUUGUGUCUGCUGGCGGCAUUCGUGCUGUCCUGUGCCAGAAGCGGCACCGGCAGGGCCUACGCGCUCCCGCAACCGGAACCGCUGCCGCCGGGCGUCUUCUUCGGCGAGGCGGACGAGGCGGAGAAUAUCAUGCUGGUGAACCGCCUGAAGCAGUUGAUGGAGCAGAAGCACCGGGUGGUCGAGCAGGAGCACGAGAUCACCGACGAGCAAAUCGAGAUCCAGGCGAUCCUGGAGGCGAAGGCGCGGGAGCGGGAGCGCGCGAUGUCCGCGGAACAACCGCCGCCGGACUACUCUGCCGGGGAACCGGAAGCGGAAGCGCUGCCGGUGCCCGCGGCCAUGAUCCACGAUCAGCAGCACCCGGGCAAACGACACGGCGUGAACGCGGUUAGCUACAUGUCCCUGUGCCACUUCAAGAUCUGCAACAUGGGACGUAAGAGGCAAUCGAAAUAAAUCUCCGUAAAAGGCAGUCGCGAGAAGUUCGAAACGGACGGCGGGCGCGGCGAGGAGCUGAGGAGCUAAGAGGACACCUCAUUGUGCUUUAAGAAGACAUUAAGUAAAAGAUUAACAAAACACAGCUUGUCACGGUCGAUUGAAAAUUGAAGUGAGGAAAAUAGCAACGACGAGCGGUCGGUUUUUAGUCGUUUCAACACGUCUCUUUCUUUCAAUGUACAUCAUUAAAAAAAAGAGAGAAAGAGAGAGAGAAGAAAGUGUAAAGUUUGACGUUUCUGAAAUGUAGAUGUCCUGGACACGUGUUUAUAUUAAAUUCAAUAGCAACGGUGUAAACUAAAACAUUGAAAUAGUUGCUCUCUAAAGCACGAGAAAAUACGAAGAAGGUGAGAAAGAGAUGUGUAAUUAGUGACAAGAGAACCGUGUCAGUUUGUAAAAGAAGGAAACAAGAGUCAUCGCUCCUCCUUGCUAUCCUUUCGAGACAACGAUUGUCACCAGUAUUACACACAUGCAUACAUACACAGACACGCCACGUUGGAUCUAUGUGCGGCAAGUUACAGCGCGAAAAGUGAAUGACGCGAAUCGCGAGAUGCGCCAAUGUGACCGCCCGACGAGCGCUUCCAUUAACGAACGUCGAUCCUCAUCAGUCCCUCCCCUCCCAUUACGGCGAGGCAUCGCGUCUGUGCCGGUGCGGGAAAAAAUUUGACAAGGUAAAAAGGGCCAGCAAAAUAUGUUUCGUUGGAAAUGUCGAAACUGUCCUCGGCCGCCGGGCGAAGGCAACGCCGUGUCCGACUGGCUCGGACGAGAGCCGCGCGGGCUGCUCGACCUGUCUGAGACUACCGGAGAUGCCGAAAGAGCCAGCGACGAGGUACUGUUGAGUGCGAUCACGGAAUCAUUGUACACCGGCACCGUCGCGGUCUUUCUAUUCGUGUAGAAUCAAGGUGUUAAAGAGAAUUAACAUAAACCGGGACGUCCGGCAAACGUCGGGCUGAAAUUUUCAUAGUACACCAUUUUCCCGGUGUGAAUCGAUAACACCGGUAUCGCAAUCCGUAAUUGUAUUUCUCGACGCGCGUCUUCGCGAAAGGAAUUACGAGAGAGAAAUAGCCAGGGUCGGCAAGUGACUCGUUACUUGUAACGAAGUUACAGUUACAGUUACUUUUGUUGGCAAGUCUAACUUUAUUUCGUUACUCCCUUUCCAUCUGUAACUGUAACUUAACUCAGUUAUAUUUUUUCGAUAACUAGUAACUAAUUGAAUAGUUACUUUACGUAUAUUUUAAACCUCCACAGAUUGCAUUAGACCUCGCAUUACAUUAAUGCAUAAACACCUUCAUCGGCGCUUUACAAUUCAAAUGCAGAUUUGACAUUUUUAUUUUCAUUGCCAGAAACUGCAAAGUAACGAUUCGUUACUUUUUAAAUAACUGUAACAUGUUACUUUUCACGUACGCAACAAAAUUGUAAUUGAUUAAGACUUGAACUCGUCUAUCCUUUUGUGAGAAGCGCACGUGGAGAAUACUACAUCUGAUUGAUUGAAAUCGAUCGACGUUCGGUAUAUCGGUGGAUUUUUGUUGCGAUUAUUAUAUAACACGUUGUCAACCAACGGUAAUUACUUGAGGGGAAAUUGUCACGCGAGAUCGGUACGAAUUACAAUUCCAAAUUGCAGCAAACAUUGAGCGAUCCUGUAAAUUGCGAUGUAAUAAUGCAGAAACAUCGCGGAGGCGCGGAGAGGAGACCUUCGGCAGGAUUACAAUUAACAUUGGAGGGCUCGAUGGUUAUUAAAGAUGUAAUAGGGUUCCGUAUUAGCUUCACUUUCUUAUGUAUCGAAUAUCAUCCCGCAUUUCUAAAAGGAAGAAGGGUAGAAAAAAAUAGGACGAGGGCUUUUCCGACGCGCUGACUUCAAUCUAAACGGGAUUGAGAGAAAUAUUGGAGAACAAGCACCCAAGUAUAAGCGAAUAAUUUAUUAACCUUCGAGGCAUGUUAUAUUUCGAUUGGCGUGAACCGGGUGUCUGGAAUUCCUGGCGAACCCAAAGGACCGGAAAAGCAUGUAUCGCGUGACUGAUAAACUUGGAGAUCGCGGUUCAAUGUCAAAGAGAUGAGUAACUCAAUUUGAGAAAAGGAUAUCUCGAUAUCACGGCACAAGAUUUUCGAGAGGGAAACUUAUGUUAUUUCUCUUUACAAAACUGAAGGAAAAAAAGUAGAAAUGAAAAGAGCAGCGCUCGGGUUUUAUGCGAAUAACCGUUAAGAUCGACCGAUACGUUAAAAUGGAAAUCUACUCGAUAGUACCUCGUCGAUGGCGAAUCACAAGUAAUUAGAAGUUUCUUCUUUUAUUUUGCAAAUAUGUAUCAUAUCGACCGUUUGAAAAUAUGGUGUCAAUUAAAUAAUUGGGCGAUUAAGUAAGCAAUUAUUAGUUUUCGGCGAGAGAUAGUAUAUACUGUUGUAACAGAAGGAUUUGAGAAAGUUUGGGGUACAAAAAUAAAUGCACUUUAUGCCGAAAGUAAAUGGUUUGUGUGUUUAUCGAAUACUGAAAUGUUCCUAAUGACGUUUUAGAUACAUUAGCCAUUGGUCCCGAGCUCUUUUCCCUGUCACAAACUCUAUCGUUAGUAGAAAUUGUUCAGCAUAGCAAUGCCACCCGGUAACGCCUGAAGAUAAAGACAAUUGUCCGAAGAGAAAGCGGAAAUGGAUCGAUUUUUAUUUAGAAUCAAUUUCCAAAAUCUCUGAUACAAAGGUAUCUCGAAUUCUUGAAUCUUGCUUCGCGCAAAAUGGCGGGCGUUACUCCGUGAGAAAUUUACUUGGCGAGUAAAUUUCGGAGGAAAAAUAGUCCGGAGGGCUCCUUCGGUUCUCCGUUGAUAGAGACAAAGACGUCGCGCGCCGUUGGAAAGCCGCUGCGAGAGAACAAUAAAGAUUUCUGCUAUGCUGAAUGACGUAUGUAGAUAUUUGUACGCGCCAAUCGAUGAGAGAAAAGAAAAAGAGGCGGGAGAAUUUCAUCAACUGCGCGCCAAUUAUUUAAUCGACACCACUUUCUCGAUCGCCUAGUAGAUCGAACGAUAAGCGGCAACAGGAGACGGACUGUCGAGGGUAGAGAGGAAGGGGAAAAAAAGGGAACAAGUAAGAUUACGAGGAAAAGCCUCUGAUCCUCGCUUGCGUCGUUUUUAUCUGACACUAACGGGCUACGCGCGAAGACUUGGUGAGAAAAGUAGGCAACGAAGGGACGAGACACGAUUGCGACAUACGACUUGCGUUUGAUUACGUGACACCCCAAGUGGGACGUCGUCGGGACGAAACAGACGAUCCAAGUUAAACUACGAAAGCUGUCGACACGGCGCCUCGCCUAUAUUUAUUAUUACUAUUAUAUUACCAUUAUCGUCAUUAUUGUUACUUAUUCCUUAGUUGAGCUAAGCCGACGGAACGCGCGUGCCGAGUCCUUCCUCGAGACUAUCGCACUACGUGGUAAAUUAAUACAGUUUGUCAAUAGGCUUGUUCGUGUUGCUUGGAAUCUCCAAAAAUUCCUGCACUUGAAAAUGAGAUAAAUACACAUAGAGCGAGAGCGAGCGCAGAUUCCACGCGCAACAAGUGCAAGAGCAACGCGAACAGACCUUAGCAACUUUCGGAGUACAUUUCGCGUGGUGUCCCGCGAGAGAGAUCGACGGAGAAGAGAUAGCGAAGGAGGGCACCCCGCGUUCCCCGUCGUUAUUUAUGAAUCGCCGGGCCGUUUCUUCGAGAGAGACGCGCCGCUUCUUAUUUAUUUGCAACUAACGCUAACGAAUAUAUCUCGUAAAGCUUGACGGUAUUAUCUCCCUUCCCUCCCCCUUCCCGCCUGUAAGUUAGUCGAUGCUCUGGCGCUCAAUUCGUAACCCGGCGGCGCUUCCUUUUCUCCCGCCUCCGCGUGUCGACUGACAAUGAGCGCACCUUCGCGACUUUGCCGGUCCGACUCGUUCGGCAACUCGAGCGAGAGAGAGAGAGAGACAGAGAGAGAGAGGGGGAGGAAGGGAGACGCGUCGCGUUACGAAUAGCGCGAAUCGACCUCGUUGUACCUCGCGCAAACAAUGCUAACGAUAAUAAACUGUAUCAUCAGAA